GAAACGGCCAGAGCGUGGCUAUCCAAAAAGUUUCUAGGAGCUCUCUGCGCUCACCGGUUCCCUUCGGACGGCAGGCCGGCGCGUCUGUCUUUCUGCCUGGCCCAGUCCCUCCCGGCCCUCCGCCCUCAGGUUCUUUUUAUAAUUUUGAGUAAACUUCCAGGAGGACUAUGAAAGAUUAUGAUGAACUUCUCAAAUACUAUGAAUUAUAUGAAACUGUUGGGACAGGUGGCUUUGCAAAGGUCAAACUUGCCUUCCAUAUCCUCACUGGAGAACUGGUAGCUAUAAAAAUCAUGGAUAAAAAUGCACUAGGGAGUGAUUUGCCCCGGGUCAAAACAGAAAUUGAUGCCUUGAAGAACUUGAGACAUCAGCAUAUAUGUCAACUCUACCAUGUGAUAGAGACAGCCAACAAAAUAUUCAUGGUUCUCGAGUAUUGCCCUGGAGGAGAGCUGUUUGACUACAUAAUUUCCCAGGAUCGCCUGUCGGAGGAGGAGACCCGAGUUGUCUUCCGUCAGAUAGUGUCUGCAGUUGCUUACGUGCACAGCCAAGGCUUUGCUCACAGGGACCUCAAACCAGAAAAUUUGUUGUUUGAUGAAGAUCAUAAAUUAAAGCUGAUCGACUUUGGUCUCUGUGCAAAACCCAAGGGUAACAAGGACUAUCACCUGCAGACAUGCUGUGGGAGUCUUGCUUAUGCAGCACCUGAGUUAAUACAAGGCAAAUCAUAUCUGGGAUCAGAGGCAGAUGUUUGGAGCAUGGGCAUACUCCUAUAUGUCCUUAUGUGUGGCUUUCUACCAUUCGAUGAUGAUAAUGUCAUGGCUUUGUACAAGAAGAUUAUGAGAGGGAAAUAUGAGGUUCCUAAGUGGCUCUCCCCCAGUAGUAUUCUGCUUCUUCAACAAAUGCUACAGGUGGACCCAAAGAAACGGAUUUCUGUGAAAAAUCUAUUGAACCAUCCCUGGAUCAUGCAAGAUUACAACUGUCCUGUUGAGUGGCAAAGCAAGACUCCUUCUAGCUUAACAGAAGACACUUGGAUCUCACCUGCUUCUGCAUUGUUUUGCUAUGAUGUUUUGAUUGGAGAUCCUCAGGGGUCUACAGACCAUACCCUUAUUCACCUUGAUGAAGAUUGUGUAACGGAACUUUCUGUAUAUCACAGAAACAACAGGCAAACAAUGGAGGAUUUAAUUUCACUGUGGCAGUAUGAUCACCUCACAGCUACUUAUCUUCUACUCCUAGCCAAGAAGGCUCGGGGAAAACCAGUUCGUUUAAGGCUUCUUUCUUCCUGUGGACAAGCCAACUCGACUGCAGUCACAAACAUCAAGAGAGAAAGAGUUGGCCCUCUUCAUGGAAUCCAGUAUAGCAGAAAUGAUUAUGUGUGUGAGUCAAAGAAUCUGAGUCUAGAAGAUGUGAUCGCCAGUGAUGAAAAUUAUGUGGCUGGAUUAAUAGACUAUGAAUGGUGUGAAGACAUUUCAUCAACAGGUGUGGCUACUCCACAAACACCACAGUUUGCCAAGCAUUGGACAGAGUCAAAUGGUCUGGAAUCUAAAUCAUUAACUCCAGUAUUAUGCACAGCAUCUGUCAAUAAAUUAAAGAACAAAGAGAAUGUAUAUACUCCUAAGUCUGCUGUAAAGAAUGACGAGUGCUUUUCAUUUCCUGAACCAAAGACUCCAGUUAAUAAGAACCAGCAUAAAAGAGAAAUACUCACUACACCAAAUCAUUACAGUACACCUUCAAAAGCUAGAAACCAGUGCCUGAAAGAGACCCCAGUUAAAAUGCCGGUAAAUUCAGCAGGAACAGAGAAGUUAAUAACAGGUGUCAUUAGCCCUGAGAGGCGGUGUCGCUCAGUGGAACUCAACCUUAACCAAGUACAUGUAGAGGAUACUCCAAAAAGAAAAGGAACCAAAGUGUUUGGGAGCCUUGAGAAGGGGUUGGAUAAGGUUAUCACUGUGCUUACCAGGAGCAAAAGGAAGGGCUCGGCCAAAGAUGGGCCAAGAAGACUAAAGCCUCACUAUAACGUGACUACAACCAGAUUAGUGAAUCCAGAUCAACUCUUGAAUGAAAUAAUGUCUAUUCUUCCAAAGAAGCACGUUGACUUUGUACAAAAGGGCUAUACACUGAAGUGUCAAACACAGUCAGAUUUUGGCAAAGUGACAAUGCAGUUUGAGCUAGAAGUGUGCCAGCUUCAAAAACCCGACGUGGUGGGUAUCAGGAGGCAGCGGCUUAAGGGUGAUGCCUGGGUUUACAAGAGAUUAGUGGAAGACAUCCUGUCUAGCUGCAAGGUUUAAUUGAUGAAUGGUUUCCAUCCUGCUUGAUGAGUAUGGGUGUGAUACAGCCUACAUGGAGCCUGGUGUGAUGGGUUUGAUUUUUAAAGUCCUCUGGAACUGCGAACUCGUUUCUAAAGAGCUAUUUUAAAGACCAAUAUCUUUUUGUUUUUAAACAAAAGAUAUUAUUUCGUGGAUGAAUCUAAGGCAAGCCUCUCUGUCAUUAUCUCUUACUGUCUUUUUUAAUCAUGUGCUUUGUAUAUUAAUAACUGUUGACUUUCUUAGAUUCACUUCCAUACAUGAGUGUAAGCUCUUAACUAUGUCUC